AUGGCGGAGUCCUGGAGCGGCAUUUGUCACCAGUGUGUGAGCACGGUAGCGGCUGUACCUGCGUCAAUUCUGCUCGUUGCGUUUCUCUCCACGGGGCUUGGUUUGUUUGUCCUGGUGAGUCGUACCCUCCGCGCCGGUCCUGCGACAGCUGCGCAGAUCGAGCUGUGUGACGCUGGCUGCCGUGCCAAUUCAUUGAGGACUCAACAUCACUAUUUUGCUCAUACUGACCUAUCCUUCUUGCAGUUCUACCUCUUCGUCUCCUUCGUCGCGCCAGUCCCGCGAAAGCCCCUUCCCGAAGAAAAGAAGUACAAGACCCUCUCCAAAGAUGGAGCCAUCACAACCCCCGAGAAGCUCCCCUGCUGGCUCGACACCCUCAAAUCAUUGAAAGAAACCCGCCCAACCGAAAAACACGUAUCCAUCGAACCAGCCGAGCUAUUCAUGUCCGUCGUUGUCCCCGCCUAUAACGAAGAGGACCGACUCCCGGGCAUGCUCGAAGAAGCGGUCAACUACCUGGAACACAUGUACGGGACAUUAGGCAAGUCGAACGGGGCAGACGCGGUCGAAACUCGGUCGAUGCGCAAGCGGAAACCGAACGACGACUCAUCGAACGGUCAUGCCACGGGCUCGGCAUCGGACCGAGGAUGGGAAAUCGUUAUUGUCUCCGACGGCUCGACGGACCGCACUGAGGAGGUGGCUUUCCGCUUUGCGAAGGAUCACCAGCUAUCGCUCCAUCCAAAGGGGAAUGCGGGGCCCUGGACGCCGCAGGUCCACGAAGGCGUUCAUAUCCCGCCUGGCACUAUUCGUGUUGUGAGCUUGACUCAUAAUCGGGGGAAAGGCGGUGCCGUGACGCAUGGGAUGCGCCAUGUUCGGGGACGGUAUGUAGUUUUUGCGGAUGCGGACGGUGCGAGUAAGUUUGGGGAUCUUGGUAAGCUGGUUACAGCUUGUCAGGAGAUUGAGGAUGAGGAUGGUCGUGGGGUGGCUGUUGGUUCGCGGGCCCAUAUGGUGGGCAGCGAGGCUGUUGUCAAGCGAUCCAAGUUGCGCAACUUCCUCAUGCACUCCUUUCACUUGAUUCUGUGGCUCAUGACGCCGCCCAAGACGGCCACCGUCAAGGACACACAGUGCGGAUUUAAACUCUUCUCCCGCGCCGCACUGCCCUACAUCGUGCCAUACAUGCACUCCGAAGGCUGGAUCUUCGAUGUCGAGAUGCUCAUGCUGGCCGAGUUCGCCCAGAUCCCCGUCGCCGAAGUCCCCAUUGGAUGGCGCGAGGUCACGGGCAGCAAGCUGAAUGUCAUCUAUGACAGUAUAGGCAUGGCGUGGGGGUUGGCGGUCCUCCGGGCCGCCUGGUCUCUGGGCGUGUAUAGACAGAGAUGA